AUGCAAGUAGACGCCCAACAGCCCGUUAACAACGACAAAGUGUGUGGCUUUUGUAAUGAUAGUGAAAGUAAUGAAAAAUUGAUACGACCCUGUGCGUGUGAAGGCUUAUUCAAAUAUGUGCACCCUUCUUGUUUACAGCAGUACCGAGUAUUUAACAACGACCCCAUUGGGUUCUACCGCUGUUUAAAUUGUGGAGUAGAUUAUACGACUAAGCAGAAGAAGGACCACAACCUCUUUUUCUUACUUCUGAAGUUCUUUACAAAGGGCCUUCUCCAAUUUUUGAUGAUGUUUGUCUACCUCUUCUUAAUAGUAUUUGCCUCGGGGAAUAUACUUUAUGCUAUCGAUACGUAUGUGACACAUGUUUUGUUAGCUUCUAAUGAUGAAAAAGAAUUGCACUGGAUCGACGAUGACAUGUGGAUACCACGUGUUCUUAUUUUUGGUGCUAUAUUAGACUGUCUAGUCUUGGGUAUCAUCACUGUCUUUGGUGGGAUCGUCCAAGCGACUUCAGACGAUAUGGCUGCCGACGAAUUGAAUUACAGAGACACUGAGCGACUUGGUGCGUGUUGUGGAGUUGGUCUUUGUUGUCAGCCGUAUGUCUGGCGGAAUUCGAUCUUAAAGAAGUUGUACCUUUGUGGGUGGUGUUUUUGUUGUCCACGAACGUGUCCUGCGGUGACUGAUUUGAUCUGUUGUCGAAUCCCAUUUCCCUGUUCUUGUGCUGAGAAGACCUUUAAUUCAUGUUGUUAUGUUACAGAUGAUCACAAGUACCACAAAAAAGGACGAUUUUGGGAUUGUGGGGAAGAUGGGUGUACCAAUUGCAUUAACUUCUUUGUGUUACUAGCAGCGUCUUUUGUCUUCAUUUUGUUUGGAUGUGGAUCGAGUAAUAAUGACAGUGGACUCUUCUUAGGGAUUUUGUUCUUAUUUUUGAUAGCUUGUGCGAUGAUCUUGUUUGGAGCAUUUGUUGGGAUCUUUGGUGUUAUUACUUUUGUCAUCAUAUUGACGUCUCUCAACUUUAAGUUCAUCAAACGACAAGCUAUGGCGGAGAGAACAGAACUCUGCGACUGGGAUGAGACAAUACACCCUAUGCCCACUCAUGACGCUCCUGUAUGUAAUCCACAAAACGUCCCAAUGCAAGGCGUACAAGUCGGACAGCCUACUUACUCACAGCCAAUGCAGCCACAAAUGAAUCAAUCAAACUAUACACCAGGUGGUAUACAGAAUGUGGAACAAAGUGGGCAAUAUGUCCCACCUCCUAUGCAAUAUACUCCUGGGGGUCAAGGGGAGGUCCAAAGCACUCAAGACUAUAUUCAACAGAAUGAACAACACCCAUAUACCCCUGCUCAACAUCAACAAGAGUAUGUCCCUGGAGGUCAACAAGUCCAAAUGCAAACGACUGAAACAGAAGUCCAGUAUGUACCUCCACCACCUCAAGUGGGUAAUGAGUCUGAAAUGCAAAACGCACCAGCGGCUGAUGGUCUGGACAAGUAG